ACGGUCAAAUCAAAUUACCACUCCUCCGAAUUUUUGGGAAAUGGGUUAAACGCUUUAAAAUUUGAUUUGAUGAACGUUUACAUCUAACUACUGGCACUUUUACAUUUGUAGGCGUCAAAUACGUCAUCACCACGCGUCGGCCAGUGACUCACAUAAACGCACCACUCUCGAACUCUGCUGAAGAACCCGUCCUAUUUUUUAUUUUUUUACAUUUAUUUAAGUAUUAUUAUUGGGUCACACGUCAAAAAUACACUCAAAAAUUCCAAGGAGCAGUUCCGUCAAGUUUAAAGCAGGACUUGUUCUGACGAUGGAUAGUGAAAUUCAACGAGACGGUCGAGUUUUGGAUCUCACUGAUGAUGCCUGGAGGGAAGACAGACUGCCUUAUGAAGACGUCACCAUCCCGUUGGGUGAACUUCCUGAGGCUGAACAGGACAACGGGGGCUCCACAGAGUCCGUGAAGGAACAAGAGAUGAAGUGGACAGACCUUGGCCUGCAGUGUCUCCACGAAAACACUCCAAACACAGGGAGUUAAAUCACGAGCUGGGUACACCAGUACAUUCACAGUUUUGCUUUGUGUCUUACUUGCAAUAUGGAGACUUAUGGUCUCAUGACCACUUGCUAGUGUCGCGUUUCUACGUUAAUCUCUUCAGUUAUCUGAAGUUAUAUUCCUUUCUGUGUACGAAGACAAAGCUUGGCGUGUAAAUAUCAAAUGUUUAUGUAGUGUCUUUGGUAUAAUUAAAAUUCAAAAUAAGACAGCCAUUGUGUUUUAAUUUAAAGGGAACAAAAUUUGAAAGGACUUGUAUCAGUUGUUUAUCCUGUGCAAGAUCACGCAUACAUUAAAACAAUGAACUCAUGCCUUAUGAGCAUCUAUACAACACUCACACAAAAGAUUUCCAUCAUGUAUCCCAAGAUUUCUAUAGAAUGCUAUACUGCUUAAUUGCUGUGCCUAUGCAAACUUGCGAAUAAGGGCAUGUGGUCCAUUCUCUUGGAGGACUGAAGGAUGUCUGUAGGAGCCUCCCAGACGAUCCCAGAAAGUGAAGUAUUGCCCAUAGUUGUAGUUGAAAAAGAGGUGAUGAUCCACAUGAUGGGCGGCACCGUUUAUAAUGCUUAUCAAGGGGCCAGGGAUGCGGUAGUCCCCGUCGUGAAUGGAAAUGGUCCAGAUAUUUACAAAGAUGAAAAGGGACAAGUAGACAACCUGAAAUAUUCCAAGUAUAUGAUUUACCACAAUCUGGGAAUUUGUAUUUUCAUAUAAUAUGAGUUACCCUCAUUGGAUGAAUCACCUUGUGGAGCGGGAAGAUGAAAGGGUAAAUGUGGUAGGGUAAACUCUGCAGGAAGCCGUCGAGUGGGUGGAAGGCGUGACUCGCAAACGGUGAAGGGAUCUUGAAUAAAUGAUGCUGCUUGUGGAGGUACUGAUGACAGUAAAAAAAAAAAAUCUUAGGCGGUAAAUAAGGCACAAUAUGGUUCAGUCAUCUUAUAUUUUGAAAGCUGUGAGGAAAAGUAAGAUGCUGAUGUACAUGUUUACAAUAACAGAUUUCCAGCCAGAACUGAACCAUUGAUAACUAAUUUCGUGUACUGUUUUUGUAUUCUGUGUACAGUUUAUUUAAAAUGAGAGGAGCACAUCAAGUUGGUCCAAGACAAGGGAAACAGUCUCAUGACAAGCAAAAAGAAAUUUCUUAAAAGUGAGCUUUUCCACCCCUCUGUUACUAGGCUACUGUAUGGUUCACUACUUUCUAAGACAGUGUGAAACCCAUCUAUUUUGAUUUCAAGUGGGUUCUGAAAGUGCACACAUCUGUUUUAACACCUCCUUUUGGGUCUGAAUUGGGAGACCAUCAUAAAUCAUUUUGAAACAUUUCCUAUCAGCAUUGUGACCGUCAGGAAUCUCUGGAUCUGGACUGAAGCAAAAUCUUUUGAAUGCAUGUUAGGAAAUCUGUUGUGGGUCAAUGGAACUGAGCUUGUACUUUUGCUAAAGCUUUAUCCACCCACUUUUUAUCUUCAGAUCUUCAAAUGCUACAUUGGAUUAUAAUUCAAACGACUGAGAGUAAAACUACACCUCUAUGUUAAUUACAAGCCAAAUUGGUUAGAAAAUGGUCUUUCAAGUUAUUAACUUGUUUAGACGAGUGACGUAUUAUAACCUGCCUUAUAAAUGCUUCUAUGAUGCAUGCAGCGGUGUAUCCAGUAGAUGCACAGGUCAGUGAACAACAACAAUCCAGCAAUGCUCAAGAACACUCCAGGCCAGCCUGACACACAAAGUACUUGGUGAAAUGGGCUCUCACCCUGAGGAGAUUGACUGAUGUCAUCAAAAAGUUUGCUGUGUCCCCUGAUCUCCAGAAAGAAAAGCGCCACUGUGGGAAAACUCAUCCAGAAGAGGGAGGUGGUUGCAAGUUGGAUCUCUUUACUCACCUGGUUCUAUCAUUGGAUUUAAAAAAAAAAAAAAAAAAAGAAUACAUCAAAUUAAAGAGGUUUUGCCUUUGCAUCAGCUGUGAUAAAAAAGUAUUAAGAGUUGAUGUUUUCUACAACCCACCUUAAGGAACUGUGGAUGUUUCAUCAGCCUGUGGUCAAAGAUGCAGUAGAAAUUCAGUGCACCAAAGAGCAUGUAAACCACUUGUGCUCCCAGGUUGGUCAGCAUGCUCAGGCUGAUCAAUUGACGUAGAGCCCAGUCCUCGGGCCAUGAUGCCGGGUAAACAUAUGGAGUGAAGAUAUAAUUGUCUGCAACUUUCAGCACGUGAUCCAUGCCACUUAACGGUGUUAAAAUGAGAAGCAAAAUGCUGCUUUAGAGACCCGGAAAUUGGCAUCAACACAUUCAAAAAGUAAUUUUCAUGGUUGUUAUGCAGAACUUACCAGUUUCAACUGAGGCCAGCUAUGAACAAUUCAUAAAAAGUAGUUUUCCCCCUCUUUCUGCUCAAAUUUACCAGUGAAAUUUCCUCAUAAAACGACACGCAGUAUCCAGCAAACUGCCCCACAGAGUACUUUGGACUGAAUCUUAAUAUAAACAUUUAGUAAAAUGACCUUAGCCUGUCAUUGGUUUUUUUUCCCCCUUGCAGACAUGUGGCACAAGUGUGUUGGAGGGAUUCACAGACACAUUCUGGAGCUGAAACAAGAAACCGGCAUGCUAAGCUAAUAUUCAAGAUCAGAUUAUUCUUUUAUGAUGUCGGCUAUGAUUUGCUGCAAGUAUAGACACACGCACGUCUGAUGAUGGCAUCCUCCUCUGCAAAUGCAUCCACCAAGAUCGGAGGGUCCAUUGAUGUCCUUCCUCCCAGCACCUCGUGCAUGUCUUCAUAAUAUUGCCACGUUGUGACGGUCUCCUGGCCUUCAUCAGUCCCACCCCCAGAGGAAGGAGUUUUCAGCUCCUGUAGGAAGCAAGACAAUUAAAACUCCAUGACAAUUAUGAAUGCAUUUCAUUUCUCACUGACGAUAUUUCAAGAGCAUAUAGUAUUCAUCUACUUAAAGGGCAUUAUUUUUUGUUUACCAUGUACUUCUUUUUUUAGAUUCUCACAUUUUUUGGAGACCUUCUCCUGCAGCCCCAGCUCCUUGAUCAGCUUCCUGUGUUGUAAAUACGAGGGAUAACGUAUGAUUUGGUAAUGCUGCUAACUAACAAACAAACUCUGGCAAAAACAUAACCUCCUUGGCGGAGGUAAUUACUCACUCCAACUGUUGUUUGGCCAAGGCUUUGGACUUUAGAAAGCGAUCUUCGUUUUCGGCGCGAAACCUGAUCAGGCUCUUUGUUUGUG